CCAGAAGGCGAGGAUGCAGUGUUUGGAGUGAAGGAGGAGGAGGGAGAGAUAACUGAGAGAACUCCGGUGCGCUCUGCAGUGCGUUCCUGUCCGCUUUGCCCUAAGGUCGUGGUCGGCUUCAGUCAGCACCUGAGGCACACGCACAAUGUGAGGAACACGGAGGAGAGGAUCCUCCUCUGUAAUUGGAAGUCGGGCCGCGUCAACAUCAGGCAGGAGCCGUGCCCAGUGACGGGAUGCUCCGCCCAUGCCAGCCGGCUGGACCGGCACAUGGAGUCGCACACAGAGCUCGACAGAUCGCAGAGGAGACGGGCUUUAGAGGAACUCAGGAGACGGCUGACCAUGGAGCGGCUGGCCGCGUUGAGGGCGUCCAACCCUGUCGUCCCGCUGGCCACCCGUUUGGAUAUUGCGGAAACGAAGCAGGAAGAGGAGGAGGACUCUUUAGAUUCACUGCUGUCUCCUUUGGAAGAGGAGGAGGAGGAGGACGUGAGCUGCGGAGAUUAUUCCUGCCACUGCCAGGCGCCCAUCCUGAGGCUGCGGAAAGCUUUGCAAGAGCGCGAUGAGGCCCUGACCAAGAGAAGUGCGACCAUCCAAUCCGGUAGAGAGGACAACCUGAAGCUGACCUCGGAACUGAAUAGAGCGAGGAAGAGGUAUCAGCUACUGAAAAGGCAGAAGACGACGAGUGUCAGGGCGAGGUCGGCAAACGCGAGGUCGGGGAAGACGAGGUCAGCGAAGAGGUCCAGGUUUCAGACCGCGUCAGACACAGAACAAGAGGAGCUACAGCAGGACCAAGUCGUAGGUUCAAGAGCCCAGAUAGAGGAGGCCACGGCGCCCAAGUCUAGCAGCCAAACUCCCUUCCCGGGCUCUGCUCUGAGUUAUUGUCCUGCUGAAAGGUGAAUUCAUCUUCCAGUGUCUGGUGGAAAGCAGACUGAAC